UAUUUUUCUGCUUUUGUUCUUGGAGGCUAUGCAACUACUUAUAACUUCACCACCCUCUCUCUCACCCAUGCCAUCUUUUCCCUUAAAUUUCCCUUGUGCUGUACAAGGAACUAUAUUUUCUCAAAGGAAACAAUUGACUCAUGGAUGCACAAACCAGAAAUCAAAGGAUUACAUAGUGGAGGAUAGUUCCAUAUUACAUUCUGAGAAAGCAUUAAGGAGGAAACUUCUUAUCCUUUCUGUUUUGGUCUCAACUGGUGUUUUUCCAACUUUUUCUUCUAAUGGGAAAACAAAGAGUUUGAAUCCAUAUGAUGAAAAACGCUUGCUACAACAAAAUAAGCGCGUACAGAAAGAAAACAAUGCACCAGAAGACUUCCCGAGUUUUAUUAGAGAAGGUUUUGAAGUUAAAGUUCUAUCUUCAGAUAACUAUGUGAAGUCUGAUUCAGGGCUCAUAUACCGAGAUUUUGAAGUUGGUAAAGGUGAUUGCCCAAAGGAUGGUCAACAGGUGAUUUUUCACUAUGUUGGCUAUAAUGAAUCUGGGCGCCGAAUUGACAGCACUUAUUUGCAGGGUUCUCCUGCCAGAAUCCGCAUGGGUACUAAGGCAUUGGUUCCAGGAUUUGAGGAAGGAAUUAGAGACAUGAGACCAGGUGGGAAGAGAAGAAUCAUUAUCCCCCCUGAACUUGGACCACCGGUAGGACCUUCAACGUUUUUCAGCGCAAAACAGUUUGAAGUUUUUGAUGUUGAAUUAUUAAGUAUACAAAACUGUGAAAGAAGGACCAUAGCCUUUUACUCUGAUGUCAUAUGCAAUUGAGACAAGGCUUCCAUUUGAGUUUUCUGCAGCAUGAUCACUGAAGGUCUAAAGCACAGAUUAUAGCUAGGAACUCAAUUAUGAUUUUGCUCCAUAGAAACAGUAACCUCACAACCUUUGCUGUAUUCUUUUAUUGGUGCAUAUUUUCCAGGAUUCUUUACUGUUCUGGUUUGUAAUCCUGUCAAUCAGUAAUAGCUUUGUAGCAAGGACUUGAAACGGUACCAUACUUGUACUCAACAACAAAAAAUGGUACCAUACACCCAAUUGUUUAUGGAUAAGGAUGCAAAGCCAGAACUUUUCCCACUCUAGUUGAAGAAAUUAAUUUUAACUUUGACUGUAAGCAACUUUU